AUCAGAGCACGCAUUUUGGAAACCCUUGUAAUGCUUAUUCUUCUUGCACUGCUUAUCCUUGGAAUCGUAUGGGUGGCUUCAGCACUCAUAGACAAUGAUGCUGCCAGUAUGGAGUCUUUAUAUGACCUCUGGGAAUUCUACCUCCCGUAUUUAUAUUCCUGUAUAUCACUGAUGGGAUGCUUGUUACUUCUGUUAUGCACGCCAGUGGGACUGUCACGGAUGUUUACAGUAAUGGGUCAGUUGCUGGUGAAGCCAACAAUUCUUGAAGACCUAGAUGAGCAGAUGUAUAUCAUCACUUUAGAGGAAGAAGCAAUUCAGAGGAGGCUUAAUGGUGUAUCGUCCACCGUGGAAUACCAGACAGUAGAGUUGGAACGGGAGCUUGAAAAAGUGAAAAGCAAGAAAACAAAUCUAGAAAGGCGGAAAAAAGCUUCUGCUUGGGAAAGGAAUUUAGUCUAUCCAGCUGUUAUGAUACUGCUACUGAUUGAGACGUCUAUCUCAGUCCUCCUAGUUGCUCUCAACAUUCUUUACCUGUUGGUUGAUGAGACUGCCAUGCCAAAGGGAUCAGGGGGGCCUGGAAUAGGAAAUGCCUCCCUAUCCACCUUUGGUUUUGUGGGAGCGGCACUUGAAAUCAUUUUGAUUUUCUAUCUUAUGGUAUCCUCUGUCGUCGGCUUCUACAGCCUUCGUUUUUUUGAAAAUUUCACUCCCAGGAAGGAUGACACAACUAUGACAAAGAUCAUUGGAAACUGUGUCUCAAUCUUGGUGCUGAGCUCUGCUUUGCCAGUGAUGUCUAGGACACUGGGAAUCACCAGAUUUGAUCUGCUUGGAGACUUCGGAAGAUUUAACUGGUUGGGAAACUUCUAUAUUGUGUUAUCUUACAACAUGCUCUUUGCUAUCAUGACAACAUUAUGUCUGGUCAGAAAGUUCACUUCUGCUGUGCGAGAAGAGCUCCUGAAAGCAUUAGGAUUAGAUAAACUUCAUCUGUCAAACAAUCCCAGAGACUCAGAGACAAAGCCGUCUGCAAAUGGGCAUCAGAAAACACUGUGAUGAACAAUCACCUGCAAUCCACAGAGCUGAAAACACCAACCUCAUGGCAUUCC